AUGUUCCAGCUGGAGAAGGGGGGAGGGUGGAGGAAGGGCUCCAUCCCUGUCUUCGUACCCGGAGAGCUGUCAGGCCAGGUGAUUGUCCGGCUUGUGGUGGCCUCCUGGAUGAGGGCCAAGGACAUUGUGCAGAGUGCCAGGGAAUUCCCGCUAGCACACUCACCACCCACUCAGGCACCGACGGCAGCCAACGGGCGAUGCUGCGCCAUUAAGGUGUUUGUCAAGAAGCUACGCUGGGCGUUGUGGGCGAUCCUGAAAAACUGGCUAAAGUCGUAUGGCUAUCUGCUUCCUUAUGAUUCCCGGGCGUCUGCACUGCACUCAGGGAAGGCCCUACAGUCCGCGGUCUCCACCAUGCAGCAGUUUUAUGGGAUCCCAGUCACCGGUGUGUUGGAUCAGACAACGAUCGAGUGGAUGAAGAAACCCCGCUGUGGUGUCCCUGAUCACCCACACUUGAGCCGGAGGAGGAGAAACAAGCGCUAUGCCCUGACUGGACAGAAGUGGAGGCAAAAACAUAUCACCUACAGCAUUCACAACUAUACCCCAAAGGUGGGGGAGCUCGACACACGGAAAGCUAUUCGCCAGGCUUUUGAUGUGUGGCAGAAGGUGACUCCCCUGACCUUUGAAGAGGUCCCAUAUCAUGAAAUCAAAAGUGACCGGAAGGAGGCAGACAUCAUGAUCUUCUUUGCUUCUGGUUUUCAUGGUGACAGCUCCCCAUUUGAUGGGGAGGGCGGAUUCCUGGCCCACGCCUACUUCCCUGGUCCAGGAAUUGGAGGAGAUACUCACUUUGACUCAGACGAGCCGUGGACGCUAGGCAACGCCAAUCAUGAUGGGAACGACCUCUUCCUGGUGGCUGUGCAUGAGCUGGGCCAUGCGCUGGGACUGGAGCAUUCCAAUGACCCCAGUGCCAUCAUGGCACCCUUCUACCAGUACAUGGAGACGCACAACUUCAAGCUGCCCCAGGAUGAUCUCCAGGGCAUCCAGAAGAUCUAUGGACCCCCAGCCGAGCCUCUGGAGCCCACGAGACCCCUCCCCACGCUCCCAGUCCGCAGAAUCCACUCACCAUCUGAGAGGAAGCAUGAACGCCAACCCAGGCCCCCCCGGCCCCCCCUGGGGGACCGGCCAUCCACACCAGGAGCCAAACCCAACAUCUGUGAUGGCAACUUCAACACGGUGGCCCUCUUCCGAGGAGAAAUGUUUGUGUUCAAGGAUCGCUGGUUCUGGCGCCUACGCAAUAACCGGGUGCAGGAGGGCUACCCCAUGCAGAUUGAGCAGUUCUGGAAGGGCCUGCCUGCUCGCAUAGAUGCAGCCUACGAAAGAGCUGAUGGAAGAUUUGUCUUCUUCAAAGGUGACAAGUACUGGGUGUUUAAGGAGGUGACGGUUGAACCUGGGUACCCCCACAGCCUGGGGGAGCUGGGGAGCUGCCUGCCCCGUGAAGGCAUCGACACGGCUCUGCGCUGGGAGCCUGUGGGCAAGACCUAUUUUUUCAAAGGCGAGCGGUACUGGCGCUACAGCGAGGAGCGACGGGCCACAGAUCCUGGGUAUCCCAAGCCCAUCACCGUGUGGAAGGGCAUCCCACAGGCUCCCCAAGGGGCCUUCAUCAGCAAGGAAGGGUAUUACACCUACUUCUACAAGGGCCGGGACUACUGGAAGUUUGACAACCAGAAACUGAGUGUGGAGCCAGGGUAUCCACGCAACAUUCUGCGAGACUGGAUGGGCUGCAACCAGAAGGAGGUGGAAAGGCGGAAGGAGCGGCGGCUGCCCCAGGAUGAUGUGGACAUCAUGGUGACCAUCAAUGACAUGCCAGGCUCUGUAAAUGCUGUGGCCGUGGUCAUCCCCUGCAUCCUGUCCCUCUGCAUCCUGGUGCUGGUCUAUACCAUCUUCCAGUUCAAGAACAAAACAGGCCCUCAGCCUGUUACCUACUAUAAGCGGCCAGUCCAAGAGUGGGUAUGAGCAGUCCAGAGCCCUCUCUGUCCACUUGGUCUGGCCAUCUAGGCCCUCCCUCACCAGGGUCUGAGGGGCAGCUCUGGCCAUUGCCCACUGGGGCCAGCAAGGCCCUAGGCCAGGAUCAUACAGCUGAAGUGGUGGGUGUGUUGGCCUAGGCUGAGGGCAGGGAGUAAAGGGGGCUGGGCCCUGGGAGGGUAUCUAGCACCCAGGUGCCAGCCUUCUAUCCUGGGUGAAAUACUCUUACACAAGAGAACAGACUAGGCCACAUCAGGAGGCAGGGGCUGUGCCAGGAGUCCCUGUGGUCACUGAAUCCUGUGGUGUCUAUGAGGCACCAUAGCUCAAGUCCUGGCUGGGACCCAGCACUCCCCAUGGGAAGCCAGCACUAGCUCUCAUCCCCCAUCCGGGAGAUACGCCCAGUCCUAGUCCCCUUCUGCCAACACCUGCUGGUCAGAUGUUCCCCUACCCAUCCCACCCUUCCUGUCCUCCAAGGUUACAGGACCCCUGCUGCCAACAGUGGACGACAAGCCUGGGAUCUCCCCACUGGCAAACAGCAGAUCCCUCAGGAAACCUGCUGUACUCAUCAGGUCUCCUCUGAGACCCAGAAUUUAGGGUCACAUGCUGCAGGCAGGGCUGUGGCCCAGCUGGAUCUGACAAGGACCCAGAUGUCAUGUCGUGAAUAUUUAAUGUCCUGUCACUACUGUUUAAAGUCCCAUUUUGCAAAGGCUGCUUGAGGCACUAAGGUGAAUUAGCGGUGACUGUCUCGGUGAUGAGGCCACGGUGGUGGCCCUCCCCCAGGUGAUAAGGACCAAGGUGCUCCUAAGGCCACACUAGCCAUCUAACACUAGCUGAGGCCCUGCUGUGAGGCUCAAGAGCUGGGACAAGACCUGACCCCACUUCUGGAGGCUGAUCCAAGUUUGCGACUGUCCUCCAAUGCCCUCUCCACUAACCCUAUCCCCAGCCCUGCUCUAGCCUGUUACUUGUGGACCAAUCAGGUAAAGCAGAAUGGCUCCAAGGCCACCAGUCUCAGCCUUGGAGUAAAGGGCCCAGAGCAGCCUUCUUAAAUACUCAGCACCCACAUCCCCUGCUACCCUGAGGCAGCUCAGUCUCAGCCUGCAGUGUUAUGCCAUGAGCUUAGCCCUGGCAGCCCAGCUUACUGGGCCCCUUUUCCUGUAUUGUUCUUAGGAAAAGGGCACCAACUGGUAGCAGCUCCAAGCCUAGGGGCCUCCCUUUGUGACUUUCUCAGACCCACUGUUCACUUCUGGCAGGAGUUCCUAGGGCUCAGCUUUCAUUGCUCCAGCCCAGCAGACAGCACUGCUUGUCACCAAGGAGCCCUAGAGAAAUCCAAGGGUGCAGUGACACCCCCAGGCUCUCCACCAAAGCCAAGAAGUGGUGUCAGGCAGUCUUCUGGGUGCUAGCAGGGUCUCAUAUGCCAUUCCUGCCCUCUGAGCCCACAUGGGCCUUCCCCCUACCCCGUGGCCUCUGGGCUUUGGGUCGGCCUACCCUGUAGCACAGACAGGGACUCCUGCUACCCUGUGAACUGUCCUGAGUUAAAUCUAUGGUGCCAGAGGCACCUAUGUGGGUCCACUGUGUCCCCUCUCAUCAUCAUCUUGUUUUUUUCUUUUUGGCCAAGGGCAGGCUCCCUGGGGCAGGCAGGGAAUAACUGCAGUGAUAUUAGUGAUUCGUAGGUUUGUACAGUGUUUUAUACUUUGCAAAGCACUUUAUUAGCUCACAUCGGUCCAACUCACGUGAAAUUCGUGUAGGCCCUGGGAGGCCGAGGGUAACGCUCAUGCCCUCAGAUGAAGC